AUGGGACCUACUCAUCCAUUAUCAUGUAAAAGCCCGCUGUCUUACACUGAUCAUGCUGUUACCCCGAAGAUGAUAGCUGGGCUUCUCACAGGGAACAAGUUUAUAUCCUACAGUGGAUGUGCUACACAGAUUUUCUUCUUUGGGGCUUUUGCUGUUACUGAAAAUUUCCUCUUAGCCUCCAUGGCUUAUGAUCAUCAUGCUGCUAUUUGCAAACCCCUAUAUUAUACUACCACCAUGACAUCAACAGUGUGUGCACAUCUGACCAGUAGUGCUUACAUCAGUGGCUUUAUGGCCUCCUCCAUAUUCAUAGGAAGCAUGUUUAGCCUUUCCUUCUGUAGGUUGAACAUAAUCCAUCACUUUUUCUGUGAUAUUCCCCCUGUCCUCGUUCUCUCUUGCUCUGACACUCACAUCACUGAGUUAAUAAUUUUUAUCUUAGUGUCACUAAAUACUCUUUUCCCAUUUCUUGUCAUCUUUGCCUCUUACUUACUAAUCUUCAUCACCAUCCUGAAGAUUCAUUCUGCUAAUGGCCGCCAGAAAGCCUUCUCCACUUGUACAUCCCAUCUCACAGCAGUGUCCAUAUUCUAUGGGACAAUGUUGUUCAUGUAUUUCCAACCCAGCUCAAGCCAUUCCAUGGACACAGACAAAAUAGUGUCAGUGUUCUACACCAUGGUCAUCCCUAUUUUAAACCCUCUGGUCUAUAGUCUGAAGAACAAAAAUGUCAAGAAUGCUUUUAGGAAAGUUGUGAGGGGACGAUGA